AUGUGGAUACCGUUUCCGAUACCGAAACAUGUCGGGAUCGGGAUUAUCGGUAUCGGGAUCGGGAUGGGAUCGGGAUGGGAUCGGCGUCUCCGAUGCUUCCGUUUCGUUGUUGGUGCGUUUCCUGCAGUCGCGUUUUUCGUUCACUUUAUCUACAACAACAACAACAACAACAACAACAACAACAACAACAACAACAACAACAACAACAACAACAACAACAACAACAACAACAACAACAACAACAACAACAACAACAACAACAACAACAACAACAACAACAACAACAACAACAACAACAACAACAACAACAACAACAACAACAACAACAACAACAACAACAACAACAACAACAACAACAACAACAACAACAACAACAACAACAACAACAACAACAACAACAACAACAACAACAACAACAACAACAACAACAACAACAACAACAACAACAACAACAACAACAACAACAACAACAACAACAACAACAACAACAACAACAACAACAACAACAACAACAACAACAACAACAACAACAACAACAACAACAACAACAACAACAACAACAACAACAACAACAACAACAACAACAACAACAACAACAACAACAACAACAACAACAACAACAACAACAACAACAACAACAACAACAACAACAACAACAACAACAACAACAACAACAACAACAACAACAACAACAACAACAACAACAACAACAACAACAACAACAACAACAACAACAACAACAACAACAACAACAACAACAAC